AUGUCGUCGGCCGCCGCCCCAGCCUCGCCCGCCGUCGUGCGCUCCUCUUCUACUUCGCGCAGGUCUGGAGAGAGACCCAAUCGCUCCCAGCCCGCCGCCUCCCGCCCCGCCGCCCCAGCCCAAGCCCCAGCCCCAGCCCUCGCGCCCGCCCGCCAUCACCAACCGCCGCCGCCGCCGCCGCCGCAGCAACAGCCCGCCCUGGCCAACGUCACCCGUCGCGACUACGACCAGCCCAGCGUCGCCCACGACCCGCCCGUCCGCCGCAGCGAGGAGCCGCCCCGCCCAGACUCGAGCCGGCGCACUCACUCGCGGUAUGCGUCUGACGCGUCGACGACUUCCGCAAUGCCCAUCAACGGCGUAGCUGUCGAUGCCCGGACGGUGCAGCAACAGCCCGUCAACAAGCGCAGGACCACCAUCACCGCCCCCGCCACGGGCACAUGGGCCCUCGGAAAGACCAUCGGCGCUGGCAGCAUGGGCAAGGUCAAGCUGGCCAAGAACGUCGAGACUGAAGAACAGCGCCUGCACUCGCUCGCCCCCGUGGAUGCGCCCGGAAUCCCCAGAGUGCCCUUGGUUUGA